CACACGCACCACAAGCACAACCGCAACCCACACACGACGCACUCUCCACGGCCCACGGACGACCCGCCGACGCCGGAGCCCUCCGCCGGACCUGCUUCCAGAGCUUUUGAAAGCCGACAUGUCGAGCGCUUUUCUAGCAGAAGGACAGCGACUUUAGGCGGCUUGCGUGCUUUCCUGCUUCCGCUGCCGUCGCCGCCGCCGCCGCCGCCGCCGCUGCCGCUGCCGCCGCCGCUGCUGCUGCUGGAUACUCUGAAUUAGUUUCACUUGCUGGAAAGCAGAAAGAAAGACAGGAGACACACAAACAAGCGAGCCGCCUGUGGCCCUCGCUCGCGUCCCCGCCGUCAAGCUGCAGCAUCCCCGGGGCCGAGCAGCAGCAGCGGCGGCGGCGAGCCUGCAGUGGGCCGAGCUGGGCGGCGCCGCGGUGAGCGCCGGCUGUAGCAUGAUGUCCUACCUCAAGCAGCCUCCCUACGCGGUCAACGGCCUGCACGGCCUCAGCGGGGCCGCCAUGGACCUGCUGCACCCCUCCGUCGGAUACCCGGCGACGCCGAGGAAGCAGCGUCGCGAGAGGACGACGUUCACCCGAUCCCAGCUGGACAUCCUGGAGGCUCUGUUCGCCAAGACUCGCUACCCGGACAUCUUCAUGCGAGAGGAGGUGGCGCUCAAAAUCAACCUGCCCGAGUCACGCGUCCAGGUGUGGUUCAAGAACCGCCGGGCCAAGUGUCGUCAGCAGCAGCAGAGCGGCGGGGGCGCCAAGGCGCGGCCCCCCAAGAAGAAGUCGUCCCCGGCCCGCGAGAGCACGGGUUCGGAGAGCAGUGGCCAGUUCACGCCGCCCGCCGUCUCCAGCACGGGUUCGUCGUCGUCGUCGUCCGCGGCCUCCAAUCACGCGGCGGCGCUGAGCAGCAGCACGGCGCCGUCCAUCAGCACCGUGUCGUCCAUCUGGAGCCCCGCCAUCUCCCCGGGUAACGCCCCCGCUCCGGCCGCCGCCCCCUCGGCCGCCCCCCUCCCCGAGCCCGGCCCGCCCUCCAACGCCUCCUGCAUGCAGCGUUCCGUGUCGGGGUCGGCCGCCGCCUCGUACCCCAUCUCCUACAACCAGACGGCGGGCUACGGCCAGGGCUACCCGGCCCCCUCCGGCUCCUACUUCGGGGGCGUGGACUGCGGCUCCUACCUGGCGCCCAUGCACUCCCAUCACCACCAGCUCAGCCCCAUGGCCGCCUCGUCCAUGUCGACGCAUCCGCACCACCACAUCGGCCAGUCCUCGGGACACGCGCACCACCACCACCCGCACCACCACCACCACCCGCACCAGGCCUACGGCGGAUCCGGACUGGCCUUCAACUCGUCCGACUGCCUGGAUUACAAAGAGCAGACGGCCGCCUCGUCCUGGAAGCUCAACUUCAACGCCUCUGACUGCUUGGACUAUAAAGACCAGACCUCCUGGAGGUUCCAAGUCUUGUGAUCGCUGACUUUUUUUUCUACCCCCGAUGAAAGCGGCUGGAUCGCUUGGGAGCCGGAACACUCUCGCUCUUAGAAUUCCCGGUCGGGAACGUGUUCCGCUAUGUUCUUAAUCCAGAACUCUCACAGCCGGUGGGUUUGGUGCGCUCGGGAGCCAGAGCACGCAGACGGCAGAGUGUGGAAUUCUAGGAACUCUAGGGGCCGGAAUGAUCCCGCUCCCGAGUGCUUCGGCUCCUGAAUAUUCUCGAGCCGGAAGCGCUCGCGAACCGGAAAAAUCUAGCUCCAUGAAUUUCGUGUUUGGAGCAUGUUGCGCUCCGGACCCGGAAUUUUCGGAGCUGGAAUACUCCUGUCUCCCGAGUGCGCCGACCCCUGAAAGUUCAUGAGCCGGAACUCUCUGCUCCAGAAUUCAGAGUGGAACACGCUCCUAGAGUUCCUCACUCGGUUUACUAGACGCUGCAGCUCUGAGAUUUCAAGCUCAUGAAUGUUCAGGUGCCAGAGCACUGGAAACUCCUACAAUUCUGCACUCCGGCUCCAGAGCUCUCCAAACACGCUCCGGUCCCGGAAUCCUCGGAACCACAGUGUUCCGGCUCCUGAACGUUCACGAGCUGGAACCCUCAGAGCUGGAGCGUCCGGGAGCCAGACCGCUUCGGCUCCUGAACGUUUGUGAGCCGGAACUCUUGGAGCUGGAAAUGUUGGAGCCAGAACGCUAGAGUCGGGACUUGCAGGAAAAAAAAUGACGAGAACAAAAUACUUUUUUUAAAGGUGGGGGAGACGACCAGAACAGCCGUGUGGAAUAUCAAUCAAAAAGCCCCUCAUUACACACUUUUCUUUAUUUGUGUUCUUUUUAGAGGAGAGUUUUAGUCAGCGCCUGAGCUGAAAGUGUGUAAAUAUGUAUUUGGGUCAGUUCCAGUGACCGCCUUUAGAUGGUGUUUUUUGCAACUCUUUACUACACACGUUGGGAGGGAAGAAAAUUACUGAGGGGAAAAAAAAAAAUGUAAAUGUUUCCAAAGAGAUUAAAUUGGCGCCCUUAAAAA